UAUCAAGUCAAGAUUCAAGAAAUUAGCCGUUGACAUUUUAUGAUUCACAAGUGGUUGCCUAACAAAACCUUCCAUCGCCUUUCUCCUACGCUACCCUGAAUGGCUCUGCCAAACCAUUGAUUCUCGUCUGUGCUUCGUUUUCUCCCAGGAUUUCUUUUUGUGAUUCUUUAACUCUUCCGUAGAAAGUCUUUUCUGGUCAGGGCCUAAGAAAAAGAAAAUGGUUGAUGGAUUUUGGAAUUAUGUUGAGAAGAAAAAUAAUGGUUUCGCCUGUAAGUUUUGUGAGUUUGAAUUUGCAGCGCGCACUUCAGUUACUAGGAUUAAAUCACAUUUAUCAGGAAUUAAAGGGCUUGGCGUUAGCAUAUGUAAUCGAGUGCCUGAUGAUGUUAAAGAGGCAGCCUGUCUAGCAAUUCAAGGUGGCAAGAAAAGACGUAAACCCAUGUCAAGUUCAAGUAAUGAUGUGCUAGUUCCAAAUCCAGAGAGAGAUGUAGAAAUGACACCAAUGGCUGCUCAGAGAUUACAUCAACUGGUGGAAGGUGGAAAUCUUUCAGGUAUAGAAAUAGGAAAUUGGGUAGACAGUAUGAUUGGAGGAGAGAUUGUGAUUAUCGAUCAAGGUAGAGCUCCUGAAGUGAGUGAAGCACAUCCAGCUAAAGGAAAAGCAUUUCAGACAACAGAGCUAGUGGGUCGUGCUUUUGAAAGAAAUGUAAGUGAGAUCUGGUCGUGGUUAAUGAAGGAUGAUGUCUUAAGUAUUGGUAUUUACGGGAUAGGCGGUGUUGGCAAAACGUCAUUGUUGAGACAUAUCAAUGAUCAGCUUCUACAAAGACCAAGCUCUUUCCAGAAUGUUUUUUGGAUUACUGUAACGCAAGAUUUCAGCAUUUAUAAAUUGCAGAAUCUCAUCGCCAAAGCUGUUGAUUUAGAUCUUUCAAAUGAAGAGGAUGAGAAGAAAAGAGCUGUGAAUUUGUCAAAUGGAUUGAUUGCGAAAAAGAAAUUUGUUCUCAUUCUAGAUGAUUUGUGGAAUCAUUUUUCUCCAGAGAAGGUGGGCGUACCUGUUGGAGUCGAUGGAUGCAAGUUGAUUCUGACUAGUAGAUCAUUAAGAGUUUGUAGACAGAUGUGCUGCCAGGAGAAAAUAAAAGUGGAGCCACUUAGCGAGGAUGAAGCUUGGACUUUGUUUAUGGAGAAACUUGGUCUUAAUGUUGAACUUCCUUCAGAAGUUAUAGAGAUUGCAAAAUCUGUUGCAAAGGAAUGUACUGGUUUUCCACUUUGGAUAAUAACAAUGGCAGGAAGCAUGAGGCAAGUGGAUGAUAUAGGUCAGUGGAGGAAUGCAAUGGAGAAAUUAAAAGCUUCAAAAAUUGGGAAGGGUGACAUGGAGGCUGAUAUAUUCAAGAUAAUAGAGUUCAGUUAUAUGAACUUGAACGAUUCAGCUUUGCAACAAGCUUUCUUAUACUGUGCAUUGUUUCCUGUAGAUUCCGGAAUCAGUAGAGAGGACUUAGUAGAGUAUAUGAUCGUUGAGGGAAUCGUAGCAAAAAGGAAGAGCAGACAAGCAGAAUCUGAUAAGGGCCAUGCCAUGCUUAAUAAACUUGAAAAUGCCUGCUUAAUAGAAAGUUGUACACGGGAAGGUUAUAGAUGCGUCCGAAUGAAUACCUUGGUUAGGGAUAUGGCCAUCAAAAUACAGAAAGUGAGCUCUCAAGCCAUGGUUGAAUCUGGUGCACAGUUAGAGAAAUUACCGGACAUAGAGAAAUGGACAGAGGAUCUAGUGCGAGUUUCCUUAAUGAAAAAUUACAUAACUGAAAUUCCUGCUAGCUAUUCACCAAGAUGUCCCAAUCUUUCUACUUUAUUGUUAUCUCAAAAUUACAUGCUGCGGUCGAUUGAAGGUUCUUUUUUCACACAAUUGAAUGGACUCGCAGUUCUUGAUCUUUCAAAUACAGGUAUUAAAAGUUUGCCAGGCUCCAUAUCUAAUCUGGUGUGCCUCACUACAUUAUUACUCAGGAGGUGUCAACAGCUGAGGCAAGUACCAACAUUAGCAAAGCUUACAGCAUUGAAGAAGUUGGACCUGGUUCACACACAACUUGAAGAAUUGCCUGAAGGCAUGAAAUUGUUGUCCAAUCUUAGGUAUCUUGACCUCAGUCAUACUAGACUAAAACAGUUGUCUGCUGGGAUAUUACCUAAACUCUGCCGUCUGCAAGUUCUCAAAGUUCUCUUGUCAUCGGAAACUCAGGUGACACUUAAAGGAGAGGAAGUAGCAUGCUUGAAGAGGUUGGAAGCUUUGGAAUGCAAUUUUUGUGAUCUCAUUGAAUUUAGCAAGUAUGUCAAGUCUUGGGAAGAUACACAGCCACCGAGAGCUUACUAUUUUAUAGUAGGACCUGCGGUUCCUUCUCUCUCUGGAAUACACAAGACGGAGUUAAAUAAUACAGUUCGGUUGUGUAACUGUAGUAUCAACAUAGAAGCAGAUUUGGUGACACUUCCAAAAACCAUUCAAGCCCUGGAAAUUGUGCAAUGCCACGACAUGACGAGCUUAUGUGCUGUUUCUUCAAUGAAACAUGCAAUAAAACUAAAAUCCUUGGUAAUUUGGGAUUGUAAUGGAAUAGAGUGCUUGCUUUCGUUGUCCAGUAUCUCCGCCGAUACACUCCAAAGCCUUGAGACUCUAUGUCUUAGCAGUUUGAAAAACUUGUGUGGCCUCUUUAGCAGACAAAGAGCUCCUCCACCACUAUUUCCAUCCAACGGUACCUUUUCCAGUCUCAAAACAUGUAAGAUAUUCGGGUGUCCAAGUAUGAAGGAGCUGUUCCCUGCUGGCGUGCUGCCAAACCUACAAAACCUGGAAGUGAUUGAAGUCGUAAAUUGCAACAAAAUGGAGACGAUAAUAGCAGGAGGAGGAGGAAGAAUCAUGAGUGAAGAAAGCAAUUUUAGUUUAAGCAACACUUCUGCUGUUAGCAGCACUGACAUCAGUCUCCCAAAGUUGAAGCUUUUGACAUUGAUAUGCUUACCAGAACUGCAAAUCAUUUGUAAUGAUGUAAUGAUCUGUAGUUCCCUUGAAGAAAUCAAUGCAGUUGACUGUCUGAAGCUAAAGACAAUACCGAUCUCGCUUCCCCUUCCUUGUCUUCAAAAAAUCAAAGUCAAGGCAUAUCCAAAAAAAUGGUGGGAAUCAGUAGAAUGGCGUUAUUGAAUACUAGUGAAGGAGGAAAGGUGUCCAAGCUGGCACAAUUCACUCUGUUUUUCGCUCUGCCUCUCACUCUUGAGUCUAAAUUGUUCAAGAUUUUAUUGUCAUGUAAACAGUUAUCUAAUGGCAUGCUAGGUUGCUGCCUGCCACCAACUUUCUAUUUUGAUCUUCCAUGGUCUUUCUUUCAAUCAAAUAUUCAAAUACAGACUUGCAAUUAUCUGUAAA